UUCGAAAAAGCAAAGGCCGACAUCAUGGCGAAUCCCUUUUGAUGGACGACGACCUGGAUGGCUGCGACAUGGCCGCCAAUCCGUUUCUCAUGCAAUCGGAACCGGAAUCUAGUACGGAUAAUCCCUUUGGAGCAGCCACUGGUGCCUCCAAUCCCUUUGCCUUCGGUGGCGAUGAUCUCGAAGCGGAGCCGGAACCGCUGGAGUCGGAGGCGGAGGCAGCCCGUGACAAUGAUCUCGAUCCGGCGAUGAGUUUCUUCGGUACCACCAUCGAGGCGGAGGACGAUGCGCUGAGCCUGAAGUCGGCCGCCGAGGAGGAGGACAUCGAGGGUGGCAAGAGGCCACCGCAACAGCACGCACACGCACACCCGCCCCCGCCACGCCCCCAGGCGCCGCCUCAGAGCACCCAGGAUCUGAUUAGCACGGUGUCCAGUCAACUGGAGGAGACCAGUUCGGAGCUGUUGGGUCGCAUCCCGGCGACCCGAUCCCCCAGUCCGGUAUCGAUGCGGGAUCUUCACUCGCCCAGUCCCACUCCCGACUCGGGAUUGGCCGACCUGCUGGACGUGUCGGUGGACAGCGGUUCCAGCGGAGUGGUGGAUCUGAUGGGCACUGGCGCUGGUUCUGGUGUAGGUGUUGUGCCCAUGGACAAUCCGUUUGCGGUGCCGACGGCAGUGCCGAACAUACAGGCGGCAGCUCCGUUGCCCGCCACGCCGGCAAAGCAGCCGCCACGCCCACCACCGCCACGCCCCGCUCCGCCACGUCCCACGCCCCCCGGGCAGGUGGCGGCGCCCCAAAGACCACCGCCACCGGUGUCGGCAGUGGCUGCGGCUCCUCCAGCCGCGGAGGAUGACCUGCUGGACAUGUUCGGCACCACGGCAAGCAGGCCGCCCAAGCCACCGCCACCCAAGUCCAAGGAGGACAUACUGAGUCUCUUCGAGCAGCCCCAAGCACCGCCAGCACCCAAACCGGAUCUCUUGCAUGACGAUCUGCCCGAGACGAAGCCGGAGGAUGGAGGACAGGAGGAGCGCCAUGGAGACGGAGAGGGCAGCAACUCGCGGGAUGAGCCGGCGGCCACUGGAUUGGAGCGACAGGCGGCGGCCAACAACCACAUGGCUGCCCCGCCGGAAACGGCCAGCAGGCAGAGGGCGCCCACGCCGGACAUCGAGAUCACCACGGUGGAGGAUCUGCCCCGCUCCGACGACGAGGAUGAGCCGGAGGUCAAGCCGGAGCCAGAGAAAGAUCCGGAACCAGAGCCGGAGCCACAAAUCGAACCGGAAUCGGAACCGCAACCGGAAGCCGAUCCACCCAUCUCCGAUCACAGUCCGCCAACGGAAUCACUGGUGUCCACCGCUCAGGUCGUCCUGGCCGAGGACGAACCAGAGCCGGAGCCGGAACCGGAGCAAAUGGACACCGGACUGGACUUUCCGGUGGCCACCAGUGGUCUGGCCAGCGGCCAAUUGUCCGCCAAUCCCUUCGCCAGUCCCGAGGAAGAGGAGCAGGAGCCCGCCUUCGCUCCCGUGGUGGUGGCCAACAUCUUUGCCGUGGACGAUCCGGAACCGGAACCGGAAACACAGCCGGAAAGGGUGGAGCCGCCCAGCUAUGCGGCCAACAUCUUUGCCGCCGAGCCGGACGAAUUCGAUGCCUUCUCGGCCAAGUUCGACUCGGUGAAGAAGGACAACAUCAGCAUCCUGGACGGCUUCGGGGGAUCCGGUGCCAUAACGCCCACGGGCGGAGAUGCUUGGGGUGACAGUGCUUUCGGAUCGGCCACGAUCUCGGCGAAUGCCUUUGGCGACACCAACUCGGCGGCGGACGACGGAUUUGGGAACGAGGACGACGAGUUCUACGCCAUGCAGGCGCCGGCACGCGCCGAUUCCGUGGAGUCGGUGGACAAGGAGUUCAGCGUGGUCAUCCGGCCCAAGGCGGAGGGCACUGGCGGUGUGGCUCCCCAGCUGGCGCCACCACCGCCGCCGGCACGGAUGGCACAGUCGCAGUCGCAGUCGCAGGCACAGUCACAAAGUGCAUCACCGCCGGCCGCCACGGUGAAUCCCUUCGAGGAUGUGAGCGGUUUUCCGGCUCCGGGCCCAACGGCAGCCACUGGAAGCGAUGGCAACGAUGGCACCGCCAUGAAGCGCUCCGACUCACAGGACACGCCGCAGACACCGCUGUACGACGAGGAUGUGUCACAGCCGCUGGAGGAGUUCCCGCGACUGCACUACAUGGGACCCGGCUGGGAGAUGCAGUUGCGCCAGCCCAACAAGAAGAAGAUCACCGGUCAGCGCUUCUGGAAGAAGAUCUUCGUGCGCCUGGUGGUGCAGAACGAUGUGCCGGUGGUGCAGCUGCUCAACCAGGCCGGCGACAAGCAACCCUUCCAGGAGCUGCCCCUGCAGCCAUCGUACUCCGUGUCGGAGAUCGGGGCCCAGCAGUACGACCAGUUCGGCAAGAUAUUCACGAUGAAGCUGCAGUAUAUCUUCUACAAGGAGCGACCCGGCGUGCGGCCCGGCCAGGUGACCAAAGCGGAGCGGAUCACCAACAAGCUGACCAAGUUCGCACAAUACGCCAUCGCCGGCGACUACGAGGGCGUCAAGGAGUUCGGCAGCGACCUGAAGAAGCUGGGCCUGCCCGUGGAGCAUGCGCCGCAGUCGUCGCAGCUCUUCAAGAUCGGAUCGAUGAACUACGAGGACAUGAAGCAGUUCUCCGUGUGCAUCGAGGAGGCACUGUUCAAGCUGCCAGCCCUGCGCGAGCGGGCACUCACCUACAAGAUGGAGGAGGUCCAGGUGACCGCCGUGGAUGAGAUCACUGUGGAGCAGGACUUCGAGGGCAAGAUCCUCAAGCAGAUUGCCCGGGUGCGACUCUUCUUCCUCGCCUUCCUCACCGGCAUGCCCACCAUCGAGCUGGGCGUUAACGAUAUGUGGCGGCAGGGGAAGGAGGUCGUCGGCCGGCACGACAUCAUCCCGGUGGCCACCGAGGAGUGGAUUCGGCUGGAGGCCGUCGAGUUCCACAGCGUGGUCAAUCAGCAGGAAUAUGAGAGAACGCGCACCAUCAAAUUCCAACCGCCCGAUGCCAACUACAUUGAACUGCUGCGCUUCCGUGUGCGUCCGCCCAAGAAUCGCGAACUUCCGCUGCAGCUGAAGGCCACCUGGUGCGUCACCGGCAACAAGGUGGAGCUGCGGGCCGACAUCCUGGUGCCCGGGUUCACCUCCCGCAAGCUGGGCCAGAUCCCCUGCGAGGAUGUCUCGGUGCGCUUCCCCAUUCCCGAGUGCUGGAUCUACCUGUUCCGCGUGGAGAAGCACUUCAGAUAUGGUUCCGUGAAGUCGGCACAUCGGCGAACGGGCAAGAUCAAGGGCAUCGAGCGCAUCCUGGGCGCCGUGGACACGCUGCAGGAGUCACUGAUCGAGGUCACCUCCGGACAGGCCAAGUACGAGCAUCAUCAUCGGGCCAUAGUGUGGCGAUGUCCUCGUUUGCCGAAAGAGGGUCAGGGUGCCUAUACCACACACCAGCUGGUCUGUCGCAUGGCCCUCACUUCGUACGACCAGAUCCCCAGCGAACUGGCGCCAUACGCCUUCGUGGAGUUCACUAUGCCCGCCACGCAGGUCUCGCAUACCACCGUGCGCUCCGUGAGUGUCCAGGAUUCGGAUGCCGAUGAGCCGCCGGAGAAGUACGUCCGCUACUUGGCACGGCACGAGUACAAGGUUGGCAUCGAGACCACGCACGGCGAGUCCACGAACGCGUAUCUGGCGGCAACGCGUCCCAUUCGCGAGGAACCUCCAAGCACGGCGGCCGCCAAGGUGACGGCCUCGCCGGUUCCGCCCAGCGAUUCGGACACGGACUCCAACUAAGUUGGAUUGGGAUUGGACUUGGGAGUCCCCCAAAUGAUUUGAAAAACGGCGGCUUUCUGUAGAUAUUCCUCGUGCAUGGUUUACCCAAUCGUUCUUGUUAUAUACAUAUUAUACAAUACGCAUAGAUAUAUCUGAACCCUAAUAUAUGCAUAUAUAUUUUCGUGUGCGUCUGCCGCAAUUUCCCCCUCUAGCUUGUGCAGCGUGUUCACCGCGUCGGGUUAGGUAAAGAUUAGUUGACAAUAAUGUUAAGUGCAGCAGCUGAAGAGCGCGAAGAUAACGAGGCAGACGAUGAUACGAAUAGAUGAGAUGAACACUGUGUAAAAAGCCAAAUGAACAAAUGAACGAAGAUCGAGACGAAUGGAUCUGAUGGAUCUGAUGGAUCUGUGGACACGUCAACGAAGGAACCGAUAGCCAACGCGUCCUAGGUAUCCUUUAUCCUGUAAGCCGCAUAGCCACAGCCAUAUUCACAUGACAUUACCUAGCCUAGCCUAAAAAAUCAACUUAUCUGCGUUACUUGUAGCCAUACGGUCACGUUAAAGUUAAUCGAUAUCAGACCAGAAUCGUACGUACAGUAAACCCAUACAUAUGCAUAGGGAUAAUGGUUAUAAUCUCAAGUCAUAAAAACAAACACACACACGAAGCAUAUAUAUAUAUAUAUAUAUAUAUAUACUAAAACUGAUGUAAUCUGAAGUAGGCAGUAAGCCAGGGAAAUGAAAAGCAAUUUCGCCAUACAUUGUUCUACGAACCAAGGCUCAAAUGCACAUAAGGGUAACCAAUACUGAAACGAGCUGCCAGCCUUACAUAGGGUUUUCCAACACUGGGUCGAGCUGCCAGCUUUGCAUAAUGUUAACCAAACACUGGAACAAGCAGCCAGCUUUACAUAAGGUUAAUCAACACUGGAGUGAGCGGUUAGCUUUACGUGACGUUAAUCAACCCUGGAGCGAGCUGCCAGGCUUACAUAAAGUUAACCAACACUGGCCAGUCUGCAUAUGUGGCAAGCGCAACUUGGUACUAUCCAUAACCAUCAGAUAAACUUUAAGCUUUAUGUAUACCAUUGAUUUAACGAUAAAUUUAGAGAUGAAUUCAAAACUCCAAGCGAACACGAAAACUUAAACGGAAAUGCAUAUUCAAAUGUUAUUGUUGUGAAUCAAAUGAAAUUAUAUUCAAACUAAACUAAAAAGUAAAGGUAAACCAUAUAGGCAAAUCAUCUUUGUUGAAGCAAAAAGUACUUUAAAUCAUAUGAGGAAAACAAAAAGCAAAACCUAACGUAAAACUAAAAAAAGAUAUUCAUAACUAUAUGCCAUACGUAUUGAUUGAUAAAUGAUUGAUUGAGUUUACUAGCAAGAUUGCAUAAUAAUAGAUUUGUUAAUUGCGUGUUAAAUGAAUAUAUUCUAUGAUCCCAGCUUAACCACCUCCCAAAACGUUUGCCUCUGUUCGAUUUCCCAUCCCCCCAACUCCAAGAACCCAACACUUUACUACACUUACCAUGUCAGAUCUACAACUACGAAAACACUUCGAACGACUCUCAAUGGAAUCACGAUUUAUUGAUAAUAGAGAAUGUGUAUAUUGUAUCCCUAAGAAAUGAAUCUUCAUUCAUAUAUUAUGUAUGUUACAUUAUUUACCUACGUUUAAUUCUACAUAUAUUAUAUAUCGUCUAUAACAUAUGUAUUGUAUGUACAAUAAAAAAAAAAGAAGAAAACCCAUGCAAACAGACCGAUCGGUUGACAAAACACUCUCACAUGUUAUAUUUAUAUAUUAAUUAUACAAAAAUCGACGGCUCCGCCGCAAUAUGUACCCCCGAUCCGAUCCGAUCCGAAUCGGACUGAGGACGUAUACUGCGUCGGGACUGGUCGAAAUUAUACAAAUAUGCGGCGCAAGCUAAUGGUAUUAACCGAUCAACUAAAUACAAUAUAAUGAAUUAUUAUGAACCGAACAAAAAAAAAAACGCAUUAUGAUGGAACAUUAUCUAGUCAAAUGAGAAAAUAAAUAUUGAGACAACAAAUAUUAAGCAAUGCAAA